UCCCAUAUAUUACCAACCUGGAUGAAAACAAGCCAAAUAGUGACAGGAGGCAGUGGGACCCCAAUAGCAAAUGCGGACGGACCUAACGCAUUUUAUUCGAACAUGCGAGUGAAACCUUUCUGAUGGAUGGCAGCGAUGGGUUAGACAGGAUUUAACAUGACUGCAAAAUAAAAGCCGCGGUGAGUAAAAGAUGUCCGCUCCACAAGGGCCCAGGGGCGGUCCUGGCCCUGCUGCCUCAGCGGCCGGCGCCAUGCCGGAGAUGCCGGACCUCAGCCACCUCACCGAGGAGGAGAGGAAGAUCAUUCUCGGUGUUUUGGACCGACAAAAGAAGGAGGAGGCGAAGGAGCAGUCCAUGUUAAAGAUCAAAGAAGGACCAAAGCCUCAGUCAGCACAGUGGUUUCCCUUUAGUGGGAUCUCUGAGCUGGUAAAUAAUGUUCUUCAGCCACAGCAAAAGUCCCAAAAUGACAAGGAGCCCGAGCCAGCCGCGAAAUUGCACCAGCAGUUUGAGUCAUACAAGGACCAGGUCAAAAAGAUGGGCGAUGAGACAAGGGAGGCUCAGGAACAGAAGAGCGAAGCCCCAACCUGUGGGAUAUGCCACAAAACCAAGUUUGCUGACGGCUGUGGGCACCUCUGUUCAUAUUGCCAAACGAAAUUCUGUGCUCGGUGUGGAGGACGAGUGUCUCUGCGGUCAAAUAAGGUGAUGUGGGUAUGCAACUUGUGCCGAAAACAACAAGAAAUCCUCACCAAAUCGGGUGCAUGGUUUUAUGGCUCGGGGCCUGGUCAAGUGCGGGCUGUGUUUGAAGGUGGGCCACAGGGGAAGAAGGCUAAACUACAGCACCCGUCGCUGUUCCGUUACCAGGGAGCCUCAGGGGACUUGACACCAACGUCAGACAGAAGCAGACGUCACGGCGGACUCCUGCCCAGGCAGGCGUCCCUUGACAAUGGCUCGCUGAGGCACUCUGGACAUGGCGAUGCGCCUAUAGAAAGGAAACGAAGUCCAUCUGCAUCCAGGGAUCCAAACCAAAAAUACGAUCAAAGGGAAGCGAGUGACUAUUCGCAUUAUGCCCCGACAGACGGAAACAUGCCCAGAUCGCCGUCUGACUCCGGGGAUGGGGACCCUCGGCGGGCUCCGCGGGGCCCACAUUUGUAUCCAGACAUAAAUGCAGCAUGGAUUGGCGACAGAGACCGACAGGGUCCUGGACGCUGGCACUCCCAGGAGUACCCUCUGGACCAGGAGCUGGAUGGUCCACACAAUGAUUAUGACCUCCAGAGACAGCGACAGGAGGAGUUCCAGACACGCUAUCGCAGCGACCCCAAUCUGGCACGCUAUCCUGUUAAACCGCAGCCCUACGAAGAGCAGAUGAGAAUGCAUGCCGAGGUGGGCCGCCUCAGGCAUGAGAGACGUCAUAGUGAUGUCUCACUAGCUUACACUGAGCAGGAUGAACCGGCUCCCAUCCGGCUGUCACGUCAACAUCUCACAGAGUGCCGUCCACCUGUGGUGGGACAGCGAUCUUACUCUGUUGACCGUUCCUCCCAGGGACCCAUGGGCCCUGGCCUUGGAGGCCACAGAACAUCAAACCACAGCCCCCCAACACCCCACCGCAGCCCUGUGCUGGGUGACCGACCUGGGGAUCUGCGGAGAAAUGACAUGGUUGGAGGAGGGGAAUCUAUGAGGAGACAACAACAUCACUUGGACCCCAACUCAGCUGUCCGCAAGACCAAGAGGGAGAAGAUGGAAAGCAUGUUAAGGAAUGACUCUCUGAGUUCAGAUCAAUCGGAGUCGGUGCGUCCUCCACCCCCAAAGCCCCACAAAACCAAAAAGGGAGGAAAGAUGCGGCAGGUGUCACUGAGCAGCUCAGAGGAAGAGCUGGCAACUACCCCGGAGUACACCAGCUGUGAAGAUGUAGAGAUCGAGAGUGAGUCAGUCAGUGAGAAAGGGGACAGUCAAAGGGGAAAAAGAAAAACAAUUGAAAAGGCAUUUAUGUCUGAGCUGGCACACACCUUAUCUGAGAGGCAAAAGAAAAUGGUGCGCUUUGGGGGACACUCAUUUGAAGAGGACUUGGCGUGGUGUGAACCGCAAGUUAAAGACUCAGGAGUUGAUACGUGCAGUAGCACUACCCUAAACGAGGAGCAUAGCCAUAGUGAGAAGCAUCCAGUGACGUGGCAGCCGUCCAAGGACGGGGAUCGCCUAAUAGGGCGCAUUUUGCUCAAUAAGAGAAUGAAAGAUGGAAGUGUGCCUCGAGACUCAGGAGCUCUGCUUGGUCUUAAGGUGGUCGGAGGCAAGAUGACAGAAUCUGGUAGGCUUUGUGCUUUCAUCACUAAAGUGAGAAAAGGAAGUCUAGCAGAUACUGUAGGGCACCUCAGACCAGGUGACCAGGUGCUGGAAUGGAAUGGAAGGUUUUUACAAGGGGCCACAUUUAAAGAGGUUUACAAUAUAAUUCUAGAAUCCAAGCCUGAACCACAAGUUGAGCUGGUGGUCUCACGGCCUAUCGGUGAUAUUCCAAGGAUACCAGACAGCACACAUGCACAACUGGAAUCAAGUUCAAGUUCUUUUGAGUCCCAAAAGAUGGAUCGCCCAUCCAUUUCCGUCACCUCCCCCCUGAGUCCCAACAUGCUGAGGGAUGCUCCCCAAUACUUGUCAGGACAGCUUUCAGUUAAACUGUGGUAUGACAAAGUUGGCCAUCAACUAAUAGUCACCAUACUGGGAGCCAAAGACCUGCCACCCAGGGAAGACGGUCGGCCCCGGAAUCCUUACGUUAAAAUCUACUUCCUCCCUGAUAGAAGUGACAAAAGCAAGAGGAGAACAAAAACAGUCAAGAAAUCCUUAGAGCCUAAAUGGAACCAGACCUUUAUGUAUUCACCGGUACAUCGGCGGGAAUUUCGAGAGCGUAUGUUGGAGAUCACGUUGUGGGACCAAGCAAGAGUGAGGGAAGAGGAGAGUGAAUUCUUGGGAGAGAUACUCAUUGAACUGGAGACUGCGCUUCUGGAUGAUGAGCCUCACUGGUACAAGCUACAGACCCAUGAUGUGUCCUCCAUCCCACUUCCGCGUGCCUCCCCUAACACACAACGUAGGCAGCUUCAUGGGGAAAGCCCGACACGGCGUCUUCAGAGAUCACAGAGGAUAAGUGAUGGCGAGAUCUCAGACUAUGAUUGUGAAGAUGGCGUCGGGGUAAUAACAGACUACCGGCCGAAUGGCAGAGACUUCCAGAGCUCCACUUUGUCUGUCCCAGAACAGGUGAUGUCGUCUAACCACUGUUCCCGUUCUGCUGAAAUACAUAGAGCACGUUCACGCUCCCCCAGCGUUCCCCCGCCUGCCAGGAACCACGGAGCCAUGGAUAGACACGAGUAUCACAGCAGGUCCCGAUCUGCAGACCAGCGACCCACAAUAGAGCGCCCCGCAUCAAGAUCACGCUCCACUGAACGCCCCCACGACUCAUCGAUGAUGAGGUCCAUGCCAUCGCUACCUUCUGGGAGGUCAGCCCCUCCCUCACCUGCCAUGACGAGGGCGUACCCUCGUAGUGGGUCAGUUCAUACCAGCCCAAGCAGUACGCCAGUGUCCAACAGACGAGGUCGGCAACUGCCCCAGCUUCCAUCCACUGGGAAGGACCGAAGUAUUGACAUGGAGGAGAGGACCAGGCAGAUGAAGAUGAAGAUAAACAAGUACAAGCAGGGAGCUGGUUCAGACUCAAGGCUAGAGCAGGAUUACCACAAGCAUUCCGGCAGGGAUCCACGAGGUUCAGAUAACCUGUCAGCCAAGUCAUCAGACAGUGAUGUUAGCGACGUGUCCGCUGUGUCGAGAACCAGUAGUGCCUCUCGGUUCAGCAGCACGAGCUACAUGUCUGUCCAGUCUGAAAGGCCUCAAGGAAACCGCAAGAUCCGGAGCCAGUCGCGGGAGGGGGAUGAACAUUUAGUUGAAGUGCUAGACGAGGAAGAGAUAGACAGGAGAGGUACAGGGGUCAAUAGAGUGGGGAUCAUGCAGGGAGAGAAAAAGAGAUCAGGGGAGAAAGUAUACAAAGACAAGCAGCAUCAUGAAGAAAUGCUGAUGAAAGAAGAAGACUUGCACCAGAGGAGUAUCUCAGAGACUGACCUCAGUGACUUUGCAUCCAAAAUGAAAAACAGGCAGAUGGGCUCGUCGGGCAGCAUGAAUAUGACGAAGAGCACCAGCAUCAGCGGUGACAUGUGUAACCUGGACAAGACAGACGGCAGCCAGUCAGACACAGCGGUCGGCACGGUAGGCACUGACGACAAGAAGAGGCGCUCCAGCAUUGGUGCCAAAAUGCAGGCCAUGGUUGGCAUGUCACGCAAGAGCCGGAGCACCUCUCAACUCAGCCAAACAGAAGCGGGAGGCAAAAAGUUGCGCAGCACUAUCCAAAGGAGCACAGAGACGGGCCUGGCAGUGGAAAUGAGGAGCAGAAUGACUCGUCAGGCCAGCCGAGAAUCUACAGACGGCAGCAUGAACAGCUACAGCUCUGAGGGAAAUCUCAUUUUUCCUGGUGUGAGGCUGUCCUCAGAAGCCCAAUUUAGUGACUUCCUGGAUGGACUUGGGCCCGCCCAGCUAGUCGGACGACAGACCCUGGCUACCCCGCCAAUGGGUGACAUCCAAAUCGGCAUGGUGGAGAAGAAAGGAGCACUCGAGGUUGAAGUCAUUAGAGCUCGUGGCCUUGUAGGAAAACCUAGUUCCAAGGCACUGCCAGCACCAUAUGUUAAGGUCUACCUUUUGGAAAACGGAGUCUGCAUUGCCAAAAAGAAAACAAAAGUAGCAAGAAAAACCUUGGAUCCUCUUUACCAGCAGCAACUGCCGUUUGAGGAGAGCCCUGGAGGGAAAGUUUUACAGGUAAUUGUGUGGGGUGACUAUGGACGCAUGGACCAUAAAUCUUUCAUGGGAGCAGUUCAGAUACUGUUAGAUGAGCUGGACCUGUCCAACAUGGUGAUUGGCUGGUUCAAGCUCUUUCCUCCCUCCUCGCUGGUAGACCCGACUCUCGCGCCCCUGACAAGAAGAGCUUCCCACUCCUCACUGGACAGUUUCUCGCGGUCAUAGCAGCGUGCAAACUGAUAGCGUUGUUGUAGCAGCCAGUGUUGCAAUGACAGGUCACGCCCCCCUGUUACACUGCAUGCUUGAUGUUGUGUCUUCUGAGCCUGUUUCUAGGGGAGCAAAUGUGAUCCUGUAUGCUGAGCAAAAAACGUUGCACAUGCAGUGCACGUCGUGAAGCGCAUCACAAGCUUCUGGCCACCAGGAUUGCCAGGUGAUGUUGUUGCUGGGAGGAAACUGGAUUGAACUCCUUAGCACAAGGAAUCUGUUUUUUUCCAGGUUUCAUCCAAUUCGAAGCCAUGGGGUCAGUCCUGGGAACCGCUAAAUGAGUUCUACAGAAACCCUUUUUCGAAUGAAAAACAAAUGUUUAGCUUUGAUUUCAUUUGGUCAUUUCUUUUACCUGUUUUUGUUUUUUAUGCCUGAAUGGAGUGACAGUGGAUUUCACCUGAUGAUUGGUCAUGCCCUGCAAACAGGUCUAGCUCUAGGUGAGGUUUUUGGAGACCAUGACACAGGUUUGUCUCAGCUUGAAUCCACACUCCCCCAAAACCUAAAAGAAAAUCGCCUGCAGACUCUCAGUUUAUGUGCUCAACCAAACUGCUGGAAACUCACCAGACAGGAGUAAUCAGACACAAAUUGCAGUGGCUGCAAAUCACUAAUGAUGAGUAAUCAAUACCCCAGUCAAAAGAUUUGUGAUCUAUCAUCUUUGUUUCUUUCUCUUUUGAUAUACGGUAUUUUAUGAAAAAUAACUGUGAAAAAUGUCUUUUCCCUCUUUAGUUCAUUUGCAUGAAUACAAAUUUAGCCGAGUACAAAAAAGACAUUGUUUUCGUAAGGCUGUAACUUGCAAAGAGAUGAAGAAAAAGUAAACAAAUCAGCCGUUUUCAACAAUUUAUUAUUUUUAAAAGAUCACUAGUGCAUGGUUUCCAAGGGGAGUGAAUGCAAAAUCAUGAUUAAGAUAAAAGUCAUUGUUUAUCAGUCUUUAGACCAUUCAUGAGUGAGUAAGAUAAGGAAAAGUAAAGGAAUCUUCUGGAGUAUUUAAAAGACAAUGUUUUAUGACAAAAACAAGUGAUAAUGACAAAAAAUGUACAUGAUUUAUUUCAUUGUAAAAAGGCUCAGAUAAAGUUUAUGUCAAAAUUGUA